AUGGUUCCUCCAUUUUACUACAGGGUAACUGAAACUCAUGAGUCGGACGCACAAGCGACAUACAACGUGAACGAAGGAACAGAAUGUGGAAAAAUUGUUUCUGUAAACAAAACUCUCGUUGGCUGCCGCGUAGUUCAUGAAGAUCAUUUUGGAACUAUUUGUUAUGCUGGUGAUCUUCCCAAAUCUAAAGGACCAUGGCUAGGAAUUGACUGGGACAAUCCUGCUCGUGGGCGUCAUAAUGGGGUGUAUUCCGGUGUCAGAUAUUUUGAAACCAAAACAGAUACAUCAGGAUCAUUUGUCAGGCCAGAUAAAGUUUCUUUGGGAACUAGCAUUGAAGAGGCACUGGUAUACCGAUAUGUUCUUUGUGCUGAAUGUCAGAUGUCGGUCCAGAAACUUCCUCCUUUUGUGGACGUGGUUAACAAUCCAGCGUUGGCAAUGAAUUUUUCCAGUGGACCAAUUCAACCUUCCGGGGUAUCUAGACGGCUAGAAGCUUUUUUCUCUGGAGCACUUACUGCCGAGGAAGCGGAGUACUCCGGUCAAGGAGGAAAUUCAACAGUUCCUUUCAGGAUUGAACUAUUUACGACCCCUGCGCGCACGAAAGUUAAUUCUUCUGAGGAUGGCUCUACUGCUGCUCGGCACAGAAAUUGUGGCCCACAAGGAGCGGAGUCUCUAUUGAAACGUUUACGAUCGGUCAGUUUGACACUCAUUCCUGUCUUCCGCGCCUUGCGAGCUGGAACUGAACCAGAAACUGCUCCGUUAUGGCCACUCUCAGGUGGAACCCUAGGAAUACUGCUGCCCAAUCUAUCAGACCUGGAGCUCAGUGGAUGUCUAUUAUCAAGAUGGAUCGACGUAGCUGAGAUAUGCAUUCAAAUACCGUGGCUAAAGUCACUCACAGUUAGCAACAAUCGUAUCCGUUUACCUUUGCCUCCUGACUGGGCGUCAAACGCGGAGCCUGUCGCCAAUCCAGAUACCAUGCGUUUGCAGUUUGAUGUGGAUACGAAUCCGCAAGAGGCCGAACGAAUCUGUGCGACUGCAUUUCCCAACAUUUUUCAGCUGAUCCUAGUCCGAUUAGGUUGCCUUGACUGGAUCGGGGUAAUGCGCAUCAUUCGUUGGACUCCAUCAAUCAAAUCGCUUGCUGUACCGUACAAUCCCCUGGGUCCUGUGCCUGAGAUAUGGCCCAAUCCGGUGAUCGAAUUGUUUCGACAGUUGAUGGAAUUAGAUCUCACUCAUACCGGUAUCACCGAUGUUACUCGGUUGUUCGCUAUCCUCGGACCAUCAACCGUGCUGGAGUCGUUGCUGUUGAACCAAAAUGCUGUGGCACAUUUGCCUGUGUUUCCCCUGGCGGAGCCUGUUACCGGUGAUGGAACUUCCGAUACUGCUCACAAACUCGGUUCUCUGCAGCACACCACAUGGUUUCCUCAACUAAUUUUGAAUCGGGUUGAAAUUACUGCUGAAGAACGUCGUGGUGCGGAACUGGACUAUAUGAAACGAUACGGAUCAGAAUGGAUUGCUUCCGGCGGAACAGUGGUCGAGUCUGCGAAUCCCGCGGACGAGCCAGCUAUCACGAUGGGUGAAUCUUUUGCCCGAGAUCAUCCUAUCUUCUCUCGACUGUGUGCUAAAUAUGGACCCCCUGAAGCCGGAGAAACCAAGGUAAGUGGUAUCUGUUUUCUCGACUCUGAAUUAUCACUUCGAUGCUACCUGCGUUUUAGACUAGUGUAUUCUACAUGA